AUGGAUGUUGAAUUCAUUAGCAACUCUAGUGUUCAACAUGAUUGUUCACAAGCUUGGCCUGCCGCGUCCAAAAUUGGAGAGCUCGUACCGGAUUUUCUUGUUGGCUGGUGCACCUGGCAAUAUGUCGUGACCUUUUUGUUAGGAGUGGUGAUUUAUGACCAGGUUAUGUAUAUCAAACACAAAGGCUCUAUUGCUGGGCCUUCAUUCAAGAUUCCUCUUAUAGGUCCGUUUCUCCAAGCUCUAGACCCGAAGUUCGAAGAGUACCUUGCUCAAUGGGCAAGCGGACCCCUCAGCUGCGUGUCGGUAUUUCACAAGUUUGUUGUCCUUGCCUCCGACCGGGAUAUCGCACACAAAGUUUUCAAAUCCCCUUCAUACGCGGAACCCUGCAUAGUGCCUCUUGCUAAAGACAUCUUGGGACACAAAUCAUGGGUCUUUCUCCAAGGCAAAGCCCACACCGAGUAUCGUCGGGGGUUAACCCCUCUGUUCACCAACAGAGCUUUGGCAACCUACUUUCCUAUUCAAGAGAGAGUGUUCGCCGACUACUUUGACAAGUUUGUCACCGCCAGUCAGGAAAAUUACAACCAACCAAUGGCCUUCAUGACCAUGUUCCGUGAGAUCAAUUGUGCGAUUUCAUGUCGCACCUUCUUCGGGGAUUAUAUAUCCCAAAGUGCGGUCAAAAAGAUUGCUGAUGACUUUUACCAUGCCACCGCCGCCCUAGAGUUGGUAAAUAUCCCUCUUUCGAUUUACAUUCCAUUCACAAAGCCAUGGAAAGGAAAGCGGAUAGCCGAUGCAGUUCAUGUUGAGUUCGCCAAAUGCGCGGCGAGAUGCAAGGAAAACAUGGUCGCCGGAGCGAACCCGACCUGUAUCGUUGACCACUGGGUGCUGCAUAUGAUGGAUUCAAAAAAGUAUUAUGAAAAAGUCGCCGCAGGCGAUACGGACGCAGCGAAGCCCACAAAUCUCAUUCGCGAGUUCACAAACGAAGAGAUUGGAGAGACGCUAUUCACCUUCCUCUUCGCAUCCCAAGAUGCAUCUAGCAGCGCGACAACCUGGCUCUUCCAGAUCCUGGCCCAGCGACCUGAUGUACUCGAUCGACUCCGGGAGGAGAAUCUCGCCGCACGAAAUGGCGACAGAAGCAAGCCUUGCGAUCUCGCUAUGCUGGAAUCUCUAACCUACACCAGUGCUGUCAUUAAGGAGCUUCUCCGUCACAGGCCGCCAGUUAUCUUCGUUCCUUACCUGGCUAAGAAGGACUUCCCAAUUACGCCGAAUUACACCGUUCCCAAGGGGUCUAUGGUAAUUCCCUCUUGUUAUCCGGCUCUGCAUGAUCCGGAAGCGUACCCAGAGCCGGAGGUUUUUGAUCCUGAUCGCUGGAUCACUGGGGAUGCUGAGUCCAAAACGAAGAACUGGCUCGUAUUUGGAGCGGGCUCCCAUGAUUGUCUUGCAAGGAGAUAUGUGCCCUUGUCCAUGGCAGCAAUGAUUGGUAAAGCAGCGAUGGAACUCGACUGGGUGCACCAUGCGACAGACAAAUCCGAGGAGAUCAGGGUAUUUGCCACUCUAUUCCCAAUGGAUGGGGCUCAACUGGUGUUCACGAAACGCGCAUAA